CAAACAUUAAUGAAACUGAAAAGGCGGAAAAAAAGGGGGAAAUUUAUAAGAAAAACGUCUACUCCUUUUUCCCAGAAAUUGGCAUUCAUAUCAUGUACCCGAAGCUCGCUCCCUCCAAUUGUCAUCUCCUCUGAAGUUAGGGUUCGUGGUUCAGUUUUGAUCUCUCUCUCGGAGAAAGCUUGAUUUAUUCCCUCUCGAAUCUCCCCCCGUGGAGUGCAAAUUUCUGGUUUCUUGUAUCAGGUGAGAAGGAAAACAAUGUCCGACGGCUACUGGAACCGGCAGCAACAACCUUCUCUUCUCCCCGCCGGCGGCAUGCUGAAGCGGCCUCGCACUGAGUACGAUAUGCAGAAUUCUGGUGUUCCUGCAGGCUACGAUAUGAAUAGUUACUAUGGAACUGCAAGAGAUGGUGGGACCGGGUAUCAGCCUGUGAAAGACACAAAGACGAUUGUAUCGGCAUAUGAACGCUAUCUUCAAAAUAACUCAUCUGAAUUCCUUUUGAAGCAAGGUCUUCCUACUGCUGCUAGAGAAGCCAAUGCAUUUGGUGGAGGUGGCGGAAUGUCAAGUCUCCCAAUGGUAGAUUCUGCUGUAAUGGACCGUCCUAGAGCAACAGCUCCAGAUAUGACAACCAAUGGUUAUGGUGGUCCGCCAUCAGGAGGAGCAAGUUCAUUACCGCGACCUGGUCGUGAUACAGUACCACUUCCUCCCGAUGCUUCAAACACUCUCUAUGUGGAAGGACUUCCUCCAGAUUGUACAAGGAGAGAAGUAGCUCACAUCUUUCGCCCUUUUGUGGGAUACAAAGACCUGAGACUGGUUAGCAAGGAAUCUAAGCAUCAGCGUGGAGACCCAAUCAUUCUUUGCUUUGUUGAUUUUAUGGAUCCUGCAUGUGCUGCUACUGCAAUGAGUGCUUUGCAAGGAUACAAGAUGGAUGAGCAUGACCUGGAGUCGAACUACUUGAGGCUACAGUUUUCUCGCUAUCCUGGUCCCAGGUCUGGCAUGCCGGGUCGUGGAAAGAGGUGAAUGAUUUCUCCUUCCUACGCCCCACCUUCCAAAGGCACUCAUUUGUUCUAGCAAACCUGCUGCUCGCAGCCCAUCUCUUGAAGAGUGCACUUGUAGCAAGAAGCUAUAUGUUUCCCCACCUUGACAGGCAGCCAUCAUUCGCGUAGGGCUCUAUUUGCUUAAUGUGUUAUCUUUUUGUCACGCUAAUUUUUAACAUUAUAUUAUGUUGUAGCGCAUUAGGGACAACUUAGCCAGAAAGUGAGGUGUUUACUGUUGAAAAAAUACCCAUUUUCUUGUAGCAGUGCUAACGUUAUUUUGUAUUGUUCUCUUUAUAGUAAGAACCUGUUGUACACUAAUAGUGUCUUUUGGGGUUAGUUACGGGGAACCUGACCAGGUAGCUAUUGAAUCAAGAGCUCAGGAUACCUAAUUACAGCGAGAGAGUUGCUGGU